AUGGUGUCUGAUCAGAAACUUGCUAUCGACAAUGCAACGCAGCUCUCGGAUCCCGAGGAUGCUACUAAAUCCUCCGACAGAGUGACUGGUUUCGAGGAUCCCGAUGCUGGCUUGAGCGAUGAAGAAAGGGCCCAAAUUGAUCGCAAGCUUCUGUGGAAACUCGACCUCCGCCUGUUGCCCUGGCUGAGUCUGUUGUACCUCGUUUCAUUCCUCGACCGAACCAACAUCGGAAAUGCGAAGAUCGUGGGUCUCAAGAAGGAUCUGAACAUGACCUCGAAUCAGUUCAACGCCACGCUGACUAUCUUUUUCGUUUCAUACUCGGUCUUCGAACCCUUGACCAAUGUCCUGCUCAAGCGGCUGAGACCGAGUGUCUUUAUUCCCAUUAUUAUUAUAUGUUGGGGUAUUUGCAUGACGCUCAUGGGCAUCGUCAAGAACUAUUCAGGUUUGAUGGCCGUGCGUUGGUUCCUCGGUCUCAGCGAGGCAGGUCUGUUCCCCGGUGUAGGAUACUUCCUUUCUUGCUGGUACAAGCGCUCCGAGUUUGGUGUGCGCAUGGCCAUUUUCUUCUCUGCCGCUGCGCUGGCUGGUUCAUUCGGUGGACUGCUGGCUGCGGCUAUCGCCAACAUGGACGGAGUCGGGGGCAAGGCCGGCUGGUCAUGGAUCUUCAUUCUGGAAGGAAUUGCCACAUUCCUGAUCGGCAUUGCGUCCUUCUGGUGCGUCUAUGAUUUCCCCGACCAGGCCAAGUUCCUGUCGCCGGAUGAUCGGAAGCGUGUUCUGCGCCGCCUGGCUUGUGACCAGCAGUCGAGUGCUGAGCACGAAGAGUUUAAGAUGUCCUACUUCUGGGCCAGUGUGAAGGACUGGAAGACGUGGACCGGUGCCGUUGUCUAUAUGGGCGCGGACGGCUCGCUUUACGCUUUCUCGCUGUUUGUACCGACCAUCAUCAACGAACUCGUGAGCUAUAGCUCGAUUCACGCUCAGCUGCUCAGUGUGCCCCCGUACGCAGUGGCCGCCAUCCUUACCGUGGCAGUUGGGUUUAUUGCAGACCGCACUCGUCAGCGUGGACUGUGCAACAUCGGCGUGUCCAUCCUUGGAAUCAUCGGUUUUUCGAUGCUUCUGGGAUGCGAGUCGGCUGGAGGACGAUACGCUGGGACUUUCCUCGGGGCGAUGGGGAUUUAUCCGGCCAUCGCCAACACCAUCGCCUGGGCCAGUAACAACACAGAAGGUGUCUACAAGCGCGGUGUGUCUCUCGGUAUUAUUAUCGGGUGGGGUAACCUGAACGGCAUCGUCUCGUCCAAUAUAUAUCGUGACCAGGAUGCACCUCGCUUCUAUCCCGGCCACGGCGUUGUACUAGCCUAUCUCGUCCUAUUCCUUUGCGGUGGAUCGAUCGUGCAGUAUUUCCUGUUGCGCCGCGAAAACAGCAAGCGCGUGCGUGGUGACCGCGACCAGUGGAUCGAAGGUCUUGAUCAGAAUCAGAUCGAGUUGCUGGGUGACGAGCGGCCGGACUUUAUAUAUACACUGUAA